AUGGGUAUUUGUGAACAGACUGGACAUGUCUGGAUACAAUUUGUCGUGUUGCUUUGUCUUCUGGGAUGGUCUUCGGCAAAGACUGUGUAUUCGGUUUCGGAGGAGGUCGAAAAAGGUACGUUUGUCGGAAAUAUUGCUAAGGAUAUAAAUCUGAACGUACAAGACCUGGAAGUCCGUGGACUCAAUAUUAUGGCAGGAACAAACAAGAGAUAUUUCGAGGUGAAUUUGAAAACUGGUAUUCUCUAUGUCAAUGAAAGAAUAGACAGAGAGACGCUAUGUCCGAAUUUGAUGAAGUGCUCUUUAAAUAUCGAAGCCGUUUUGGAUAAACCUAUGCAUAUAUACCGGAUUGAAGUAAAUAUUUUAGACAUAAAUGAUAACGCCCCAUCUUUCCCGGACAAAACAAAUACAUUUAAUAUCAGUGAAUCUUCAUUUCCUGGGGAGAGAUUUCCUCUUCCGAUUGCUUAUGAUCCCGAUGUGGGCAGUAACUCAGUCAAGACCUACAAGCUGAGUGCAAAUGAACACUUCUCUCUGGAUGUACAGAGCGAUGGAGCGCAGAGUGUGUCUGCUGAGCUAGUGUUGCAGAAAGCUUUAGACCGAGAGAAACAGUCUGUGAUUCAGCUCCUACUGACUGCUAUUGACGGAGGAAAACCCCCCAGAUCCGGGACAUUGCAGAUUGUUGUUAUUGUAAUCGAUGCUAAUGACAACGCUCCAGUAUUCAGCAAAUCUCUUUAUAAAGUCCGUGUUUCUGAGAACGUUCCGUAUGGAACACAUAUCAUUACGCUUAAUGCCACAGACCCCGACGAAGGAGUAAACGGCGAGCUUAUGUAUGCUUUAAUAGGACGAGGCAGUGUGAAUCAUCAAGACAUUUUCGCAAUCGAUCCGAAAACUGGAGAAAUCACAGUCAAUGGGCUUUUGGAUUAUGAGGAAAACUCGGCAUACGAAAUCCGCGCAAAGGCAACGGACCUAGGGCAUUCACCCAGGAGUACUCACUGCAAAGUGUUAGUGCAAGUUGUUGAUGGGAAUGACAACGCUCCGGAAAUAACGGUGACAUCAUUAAUGAGCCCAGUCAAAGAAGACGCUCAAAGAGGGACGGUGGUCGCUCUGAUAACCGUAUCAGAUAAAGAUGAUGGGAAAAAUGGUCUUUUUAAGUGCAUUUUAGCUGAUGCGCUUCCGUUUAAACUGCAGUCUUCCGAUAAGAACUAUUACUCUUUAGUGGUUGACGGGGAAUUGGACAGAGAGAGCAGUGCUCAGUAUAAUGUAACCAUUACAGCUACCGACGAAGGGAUUCCGCCUCUCACGAGCACCAGCGUUAUUACUGUACAUGUGUCUGAUGUGAAUGAUAACCCACCGCGAUUUAGUGAGCGCAUAAUGAGCACGUUUGUGAAAGAAAACAGCCCAGUAGGCUCUGUACUUUACACUGUGUCUGCUAUUGAUCCUGAUGUCAGUGACAAUGCAAAGGUUUCAUACUAUAUUUCGCAGAGUUCCCAAUUAUCUGCUGUCAACAUAAACUCUGUCAGUGGAGAAAUAUACAGCCUUCAGGCUUUUAACUUUGAAGAAAUUAAAACGUUUCAGUUUCAAGUGCAGGCCACAGACUCUGGUGUUCCUCCACUUAGCAGCAACGUGACAGUGAACAUUUUUAUCCUGGAUGAGAAUGACAACAGUCCUGUGGUCCUUCCACCCUAUUCUGGCCAGGGCUCUGUUAAUACUGAGAACAUUCCCUAUACUGCUGAAGCGGGAUACUUUGUGGCCAAGAUCAGGGCUGUAGACGCAGACUCUGGUUACAAUGCGCUGCUUUCUUAUCACAUCACUGAACCCAAGGGAAGCAGCCUCUUCCGAAUCGGAAGCAGCAGCGGGGAAAUAAGGACUAAGAGGCGAAUGAGUGACAAUGACUUGAAGACUCAUCCAUUGGUGGUUUUGAUUUCUGACCAUGGAGAACCUUCCCUCUCAGCGACUGUGUCUAUUGAUGUUGUAGUUGUUGAAAGCACAGAUGAAAUACAGACAUCCUUUAAUCAGUUGCCAAAAAAGGAGGACACAUUUUCGGAUUUAAAUCUGUAUUUGCUGAUUGCCAUUAUCUCGAUUUCAGUUAUAUUUUUGCUGAGCCUCAUUAGUUUAAUAGCUGUAAAGUGCCACAGGACUGAUGGCGGGUUGAGCAAGUACAGCGCUCCAGUGAUCACCACACACCCUGACGGGAGCUGGUCUUACUCCAAAUCUACUCAACAGUAUGACGUGUGUUUUAGCUCAGACACACUGAAGAGUGACGUUGUGGUUUUCCCUACGCCGUAUCCGCCUGCUGAUGCGGAGUUGAUUAGUAUCAACGGAGCAGACACCUUCAGACGUAACCAAACACUCCCCAACGGCGAGAAGGUAAGAAUAAUUAUAUGGGAGUUUUCCACCGAGGUGCGGGACGCGAUGGAAAUUUCCAACCACGGAUUGCGUAUUUGGAUACAGUGCGCUAUUCUUUCGUGUCUGUGGGCUGUGUCCUUUCAGAAGAUUGUAUAUUCUGUGUCUGAGGAGGUGAACAAGGGCACCGUCGUGGGGAAUAUCACGAAGGAUCUCAAUCUCAGGCUACAGGAGCUGGAGCCGCGCACGUUUCAAAUCGUCCCAGGAUCCAGUAAGAGCGUUUUUGAUGUAAAUUUAAAGACUGGUGUUUUAAUUGUGAGUGAAAGGAUCGAUAGGGAGGAGUUAUGUCUUAGCUCCGCGAAAUGCUCUCUGAAGAUAGAGGCCGUUGCUCACAAUCCUUUGAUUUUUUAUCGCCUUGAAGUGAAUAUUGUAGAUAUAAAUGACAAUGCGCCGACUUUCCUGGAAAAAUCGCACGUCUUAAAUAUUCCAGAGUUAUCAUUUUCUGGAGAGAGAAUGCCUCUUCCUAUGGCAAAUGAUCUCGAUGUGGGCAGUAACUCAGUAAAGACCUACAAGCUAAGUGCAAAUGAACACUUCUCUCUGGAUGUACAGAGCGCUGGAGAGCAGAGUGUGUCUGCUGAGCUAGUGCUGCAGAAAGCUUUAGACCGAGAGAAGCAGUCUGUGAUUCAGCUCAUACUGACUGCAGUUGACGGGGGAAAACCUCCCAGAUCAGGGACAUUACAGAUCAUUGUCAAUGUAAUCGAUGUCAACGACAAUGCUCCAGCAUUUCGAAGCUCACUUUAUAAAGUCAGGGUGCUUGAAAAUAUGCCAUUUGGAUCAUCAGUAAUAACACUUAAUGCCACGGAUAUAGAUGAAGGAGUAAAUAGCGAAAUUGUUUACUCGUUCGUUCGCCAAGGUAAUAUGAAUCCAACGGAUACAUUCACAAUAAACCAAUAUACUGGCGAAAUCACGACCAGUGGUGGUCUUGACUACGAGGAAACGUCUGCAUUUGAAUUACGCAUCCAAGCUCGUGAUAAAGGCCUCCCUCCGCGAAGCUCUCAUUGUAAACUCUUAAUUGAAGUUGUGGAUGUAAAUGACAACUCGCCAGUUAUAACAGUCACUUCAGCAUUGUAUACAGUGAGAGAGGACGCCAAAAUCGGCACAGUUGUUACUUCUAUCGUGGUGUCAGAUGAAGAUGGAGGCAAAAAUGGAAUUGUUCAUUUCCGCAUCGCUGGCUCUGUUCCUUUCAAGCUCCAGUCUUCUAAUGAUAAUUAUUACUCUUUAGUGGUUGAUGGUCCACUGGACAGAGAGAGCAGUACUCAGUACAAUGUCACCAUCACAGCUACAGAUGAAGGGACUCCGCCUCUCUCCAGCACCAGUGUCAUAACUGUGCAUGUUUCUGAUGUGAACGAUAACGCGCCCCGGUUUUCAGAGACUGUGAUUACCGUAUACGUGAAAGAAAACAGCCAAGUGGGAUCUGUUAUUGACACAAUAUCUGCAUUUGACCCAGACUUGAAAGAAAAUUCUAAAAUUGCUUAUACCUUAGUCCAGAGUUCUAAGUUUCAUCCAUCUGCGGUCAGUGUGAACUCUAUCACUGGAGAAAUAUUCAGCUUGCAGUCUUUUAACUGCGAGGAAGUUAAAACGUUCCAGUUUCAAGUUCAGGCCACCGACUCCGGUGUUCCUUCUCUAAGCAGCAACGUGACUGUGAAUGUUUUUAUCCUGGAUGAGAAUGACAACAGUCCUUUGAUUCUCCCCCCCUAUUCUGGCCAGGGCUCCGUUAAUAUUGAGAACAUUCCCUAUUCUGCUGAAGUGGGAUACUUUGUGGCCAAGAUCAGGGCUGUAGACGCAGACUCUGGUUACAAUGCGCUGCUUUCUUAUCACAUCACUGAACCCAAGGGACGCAGCCUUUUCCGAAUAGGAAGCAGCACCGGGGAAAUAAGGACUAAGAGGCGAAUGAGUGAUAAUGACUUGAAGACUCAUCCAUUGGUGAUUUUGAUUUCUGAUCACGGAGAACCUUCCCUCUCAGCGACUGUGUCUAUUGAUGUUGUGGUUGUUGAAGAUACGGGUGAAAUGCAAACAACGUUCAGGCAGUUACCUGCCAAGGAGGAGAGGUUCUCAGAUUUCAAUCUCUAUUUACUGAUCGCCAUUGUAUCGGUGUCAGUUAUAUUUUUGCUGAGCCUCAUUAGUUUAAUAGCUGUAAAAUGCCACAGGACUGAUGGCGGGUUGAGCAAGUACAGCGCUCCAGUGAUCACUACACACCCUGACGGGAGCUGGUCUUACUCCAAAUCCACUCAGCAGUAUGACGUGUGUUUUAGCUCAGACACACUGAAGAGUGACGUUGUGGUUUUCCCUACGCCAUUUCCACCUGCAGACGCAGAACUUAUUAGCAUUAAUGGAACUGACACUUUUAACCGGAACAAAACUCUUCCCAACAGCGAGAAGGACGUGGCAGUGCGAAUCAUCAAGACGUUUUCGCAAUCGAUCCGAAAACUGGAGAAAUCACAGUGA